CUAAUUCACCCACAAUCCAUAGGGUCAAAACACUGUUCUUGCCAGUGCCUCGCAGAAUAGUCUUGCGAAGACAGUUUACGUUUGAUAUCCUCGUAUAGAGCGCUCCAGGACGGCAUAGGAAAGGCAUAUAUAAGACAAUGCAUUAGCUGUGUUCCACCUCACAUUGUAGCCUCGCCUUCAAAGCCAGUCCAACAAAAUGCCUGGAAUGUUCACUCACGAGUUCUCCGUGGAUCUCUACAAGGGCACCGUGACAGUGAACACUGGCCUAUUCAUCAACGGACGGUUCGUUGAUCCCGUUGACCACGAGACUAUUGACGUCUUUAAUCCUGUGAACGGCGGUGUUAUCACAAAGGUUUCGGUUGGAAACUCAAAAGACAUCGACAUUGCUGUCAAGGCUGCGAGGGCUGCAUUCAAAGCCUCCUGGGGCCUCAAGACACCUGGUUCCGGGCGUGGAAAGCUCCUGUACAAACUUGCAGAGCUCCUCAAGAAGAACGCAGAUGCAUUUGCAGUCACUGAGGCUCUCGAUGUUGGCAAGCCCUUCGUUCAUGCAAAGAGCCAAGACGUUCAGGACGCUAUCGACAACCUGCGCUACUUCGCUGGCUGGGCAGACAAGAACCAUGAUCAGACCAUCGAGACAACAGAAGCCAAGUUCGCCUACACUCGACACGAACCCAUUGGUGUCGUGGUUGGCAAGGAUCAUUCCAUGAAACUUUCCAAUUGGAAAAUUGCUCCCGCGCUGGCAGCUGGCAACACCAUCGUCCUCAAGCCGUCCGAGGUAAUGCCACUCUCUGCACUCAAGCUCGCCGAGCCCGUUAAGGAGGCCGGCUUCCCCGACGGUGUCUUCAAUGUUGUGACCGGCUACGGUGCAGUCGCAGGACAGGUGCUCACAAAGCAUCCACUGGUUGGCAAGGUAUCGUUCACUGGCAGCACGCUCGUUGGCCGCAAAGUCAUGGAGACUGCAGCGAACACGAAUUUGAAGCAUGUGACGCUCGAACUUGGGGGCAAGAGCCCGACGAUUAUCUUCGACGACGCAGAUCUCGAGCAGACCGUUAAGUGGGUCUGCGCGACCAUCUUCCAUAACAGUGGCCAAAUGUGCGCUGCCGGCUCGCGCAUCUUCGUCCAGGAGGGCAUCUACGACAAGUUCCUCCGGGCCUUCGCCGCCACCGCCGCGUCGAUUAAGCAGGGCGAUGGUUUCAAGGCGACGACCCAGCAAGGUCCUGUUGUUUCCAUGACGCAGCUUGACCGCGUGCUCGGCUACAUCGAGUCCGGCAAGCAGGAAGGUGCAUGCAUCAUUACCGGUGGCUCGCGUGCCGAGGGAUCAGGCUACUUCGUGAAACCGAAGAUCUUCGCUGACGUGAAGUCAGACAUGAAGAUUGUGCGAGAAGAGAUCUUCGGACCCGUUGCCAUCGUGUCGAAGUUCAAGACCGAGGAGGAGGCGCUCGAGGCCACGAACGACACCGAUCACAGCCUGUCGAGCUACGUGUUCACUGAGAACACACUGACGGGUAUGGCACAGAUUAAUCAGGCUUCGCUUGCUUUGCUCGCAGAUACCAUUCGGCGGCUAUAAGCAAUUGGGUCACGGUAAAGAGAUGAGCGAGUAUGCUCUUGAGGCCUAUACUCAGGUCAAGGCUGCCCACGUCAACUUGAGCCUCAAACUGUAAGAACGCAUGGGAGACAUCCCAAAUGUGAAAUUAUAAGUACUUGUGGUUUAGGCACAAAAGUAGAAUCUAUAUCAGU